AUGCAUGUAAACCAGACACCAAUCACAUAUUUCAUCAUUAAGGGGAUAUCAGACGACCCCCAACUUCAACUUUUGAUCUUCCUUCUGGUUCUCCUUAUGUAUAUCUUCAUCCUAUGUGGUAACUUGACCAUUCUUUUUGCUUGUCAGGACUCUCAUCUCCACACUCCCAUGUACUUCUUCCUGGGCAACUUGUCUAUACUGGACAUCAGUUGUGCCACCAUUUCAUUACAUAAGAUCCUUAUACACUUCAUUACUGGUGAUAGAAUUGUUUCCUAUGCUGCGUGCAUGGUGCAGAUGCAUAUGUUUGGCUCCUUAGGUAGUGCUGACCUGUUGAUAUUGACGUCCAUGGGCUACGAUCGCUAUGUGGCCAUCUGUAAGCCCUUACAGUAUCACAUGAUUAUGAAAACUAGCAUAUGUGCUAUAUUGGCCUCUGCCUGUUGGGUUUUGGGGUUUGUACAAAUAGUUCCUUUGACUUUUAUUGUUUGCCACUUCUCUUGCUAUUCUUCCAUUGAGAUCAACCACUUCUUCUGCGAUAUUGUCCCUGUCAUGAAAAUUUCCUGUGAUGAUACUUCUCUUCUGGAGAUGCUCUUCUUCAUUGAGGGGCUUUUUACCAUGAUACUGAUACCAUUCAUUCUAACAUUUGUGUCCUACAUAUUUAUAAUACAGGCUAUACUAAGGAUACGUUCCAGCUCUGGAAGACGGAAGGCCUUCUAUACGUGUUCCUCACAUCUCACUGUGGUCAUAUUACUAUAUACAACAGUAUUCAGCCAAUAUCUGACCCCGAAAUUAAGUAGCACUAUGGAAUCUGGGAAACUUUUUGCUCUAUUUAACACGGCCGCUGUCCCCCUGUUUAAUCCAAUCAUCUACAGCCUUAAGAAUAAAGAUGUGAAAAUGGCUCUAAAAAGAUCCUGUGCCAAGCUAGACCCUGAUAAACAGAAUGCUUUCCAACCAUCCCGGGUCUAA